CCGCCGCGACGGGCAGCCGGGCUCGCGGGCAGCCGGCUCCGGCCCCUGCCCCUUGGCCUCGAGACCCCAGCGAGUCUGGAGCCCGCGCCGUCGCCAGUCGCGUCCUCCGGGCAUGGAAGGCGGCGGCAAGCCCAACUCCGCGUCCAACAGCCGCGACGAUGGCAACAGCGUCUUCCCCUCCAAGGCGCCCGCGACGGGGCCGGCGGCGGCCGACAAGCGCCUGGGGACCCCGCCGGGGGGCGGCGCGGCCGGGAAGGAACACGGCAACUCCGUGUGCUUCAAGGUGGACGGCGGCGGCGGAGAGGAGGCGGCCGGCAGCUUCGAGGAUGCCGAGGGGCCCCGGCGGCAGUAUGGUUUCAUGCAGAGGCAGUUCACCUCCAUGCUGCAGCCUGGGGUCAACAAAUUCUCCCUCCGCAUGUUCGGGAGCCAGAAGGCGGUGGAGAAGGAGCAGGAAAGGGUUAAAACUGCAGGCUUCUGGAUUAUCCAUCCCUACAGUGACUUCAGGUUUUAUUGGGAUUUAAUAAUGCUUAUAAUGAUGGUUGGAAAUUUGGUCAUCAUACCAGUUGGAAUCACAUUCUUCACAGAACAAACAACAACACCGUGGAUUAUUUUCAAUGUGGCAUCAGAUACCGUUUUCCUGUUGGACCUCAUCAUGAAUUUCAGGACUGGGACUGUCAAUGAAGACAGCUCGGAAAUCAUCCUAGACCCUAAAGUAAUCAAGAUGAAUUAUUUAAAAAGCUGGUUUGUGGUGGACUUCAUCUCAUCGAUCCCGGUGGAUUAUAUCUUUCUCAUUGUAGAGAAAGGGAUGGAUUCGGAAGUUUACAAGACAGCCAGAGCACUUCGCAUCGUGAGAUUUACAAAAAUUCUCAGUCUCUUGCGGUUAUUACGCCUUUCAAGGUUAAUCAGAUACAUUCACCAGUGGGAAGAGAUCUUCCACAUGACCUAUGACCUUGCCAGUGCUGUGGUGAGAAUCUUCAACCUCAUUGGCAUGAUGUUGCUUCUGUGUCACUGGGAUGGCUGCCUUCAGUUCCUGGUUCCCCUGCUGCAGGACUUCCCACCGGAUUGCUGGGUUUCUCUAAAUGAAAUGGUUAAUGACUCGUGGGGAAAACAAUAUUCCUACGCACUCUUCAAAGCUAUGAGUCACAUGCUAUGCAUUGGUUAUGGCGCCCAAGCCCCUGUCAGCAUGUCUGACCUCUGGAUUACCAUGCUGAGCAUGAUUGUUGGGGCCACUUGCUAUGCAAUGUUUGUUGGCCAUGCCACAGCUUUGAUCCAGUCUUUGGAUUCUUCAAGGAGGCAGUAUCAAGAGAAGUAUAAGCAAGUGGAACAGUACAUGUCAUUCCACAAGUUACCAGCUGACAUGCGCCAGAAAAUACAUGAUUACUAUGAGCACCGAUACCAAGGCAAGAUCUUCGAUGAGGAAAAUAUUCUCAGUGAACUUAAUGAUCCACUGAGGGAGGAAAUAGUCAACUUCAACUGCCGGAAGCUGGUAGCUACGAUGCCUCUUUUUGCUAACGCGGAUCCCAAUUUCGUGACGGCCAUGCUGAGCAAACUGAGAUUUGAGGUGUUCCAGCCUGGAGACUAUAUCAUUCGAGAAGGAGCUGUGGGGAAGAAAAUGUAUUUCAUCCAGCACGGUGUUGCUGGUGUCAUCACCAAGUCCAGUAAAGAAAUGAAGUUGACAGAUGGCUCUUACUUUGGAGAGAUAUGCCUGCUGACCAAGGGCCGGCGCACUGCCAGUGUUCGAGCUGAUACAUACUGUCGUCUUUACUCCCUUUCGGUGGACAAUUUCAACGAGGUCUUGGAGGAGUAUCCAAUGAUGAGAAGAGCCUUUGAGACAGUUGCUAUUGACCGACUUGAUCGGAUAGGGAAGAAAAACUCUAUUCUCCUGCAGAAGUUCCAGAAGGAUCUGAACACUGGUGUUUUCAAUAACCAGGAGAAUGAGAUUCUGAAGCAGAUUGUGAAGCAUGACCGAGAGAUGGUACAAGCUAUCCCGCCAAUCAACUAUCCUCAAAUGACAGCCCUGAACUGCACAUCUUCAAUUACCACCCCGACCUCCCGCAUGAGGACACAAUCUCCACCAGUCUAUACUGCAACCAGCCUAUCUCACAGCAACUUGCACUCACCCAGCCCCAGCACACAGACGCCCCAACCCUCCGCCAUCCUUUCACCCUGCUCCUAUACCACAGCAGUCUGCAGUCCUCCUAUACAGAGCCCCCUGGCCACACGAACUUUCCAUUAUGCCUCUCCCACUGCGUCCCAGCUGUCACUCAUGCAGCAGCCUCAGCAGCAGCUACAGCAGUCCCAGGUUCAGCAGACUCAGCCUCAGACUCAGCAGCAGCAGCAGCAGCAGCAACAACAACAACAACAGCAACAACAACAGCAGCAACAACAGCAACAGCCACAGACACCUGGUAGCUCCACACCGAAAAAUGAAGUACACAAGAGCACUCAAGCUCUUCAUAACACCAACCUGACCAGAGAAGUCAGGCCCCUCUCCGCCUCGCAGCCUUCUCUGCCCCAUGAGGUUUCCACUUUGAUCUCCAGACCUCAUCCUACUGUGGGCGAGUCCCUGGCCUCCAUUCCUCAACCAGUGGCAGCAGUCCACAGCACUGGCCUUCAGGCAGGGAGCAGGAGCACAGUGCCACAACGUGUCACCUUGUUCCGACAGAUGUCCUCGGGAGCCAUCCCCCCAAACCGAGGAGUGCCUCCAGCACCCCCGCCACCAGCAGCUGUGCAGAGAGAGUCUCCCUCUGUCUUAAAUACAGACCCAGAUGCAGAAAAACCACGUUUUGCUUCGAAUUUAUGAUUCUUGCUGAUUGUCAAAGCAGAAAAGAAGUACUCUAAUAAACAGAAUAUUCUCAGAUAUUAUUUUAUUCUAUCUCAUGAUAGAUCCCUAUAGCCUACUCUGAAAAGAUAUUUUAGAAGCUGUGGCCUACAUGCAAAUGUAAAAACAUAUAUACAUAUAUAAUUAAAUAUAUAUAUAUAUAUCUAAAUGCCCAAGAGAAGUUCAAAAGACUUGUAUAACAUUCAGUGUUACAUGUCUUCCUUUCUUUCAAACCAUUAAAGGAUUUAACAUAUUGUUGUAAGAUCAUUGAUUUCUAACCUUUUACUUGAUUCCUUUGAUAUAUGUGUUUCUCCCUUUUAUGAAGAGUUCUUGGAGUCAAUGGAAACAAAACUCUGAUUUUUAAAAAGGCAACUCCAAUUAGAUCCAGCAUAGCACCAAUCAAAGCUUUCUUUCAUUAGCUGUGCCUCUGCAUCUAGGUUGUUAAUUAUGUGGGAUUCAAUAAAAUAAUCCCAGUUUAUAGCUCUAAAUUGUACUUUGGUGCUUUAAAUUUUGAGUUAGGUGAAGGAACAUGUUACAUGCUCAGCCACCAUAGGAGACUAACAUUGCCACUGUUAAGGCUUUCUCUAACCUCAAACACGUUCACUGAUUUUGUGAGAAAGGUGAGGAGAUAUUUGUCUUCAUGUGUUAUUGGACUUUUACCAAGACUCAGUUAAUGUUAGCUGUAAAUAACUUUUCCAACCCUAAUAAAAGUAACUAGUCUGUGUUGUAGAAAGGUAAAAGUCACUGUUUCAGAAUUUAGUUUUAUUGCUUCACUUCAAAAGUUACAGUUUUAAAUUUCACAAAACAUAAUAAUUGUGACAACUGUUCAAAUGUAAUGCAAUGGCUUGAGACCUACAAUAUCAUUUUUAACCUGCAAUAUUUUAUGCAAAAAUUGUAUGCUUGAACCUACAAAUUGCUUGUAUUACACCAAAAAUCAUUACUUUUAUUCCUUCUUGACAUAAUCAAGCAUCUGAACCUAGUCCUGGCAUGCUUUUGGGGGCAAAAAAAAAAGUAUAUUCAAAUCAAUCAUUGCAAGAAAAGGCUUACAGUAUUUCUCACUUCUAGAAGAGUCUAACUAUUCACUAAUUGCCUCUCUUCAAAUUCUUAAAAGGCUGACUUGGGUCUCUGACUUAAAUCUAGAAGUGAGGUUUUCACUUUCACUUGAUGUAGUUGCUGUUCUUAUCAGUUAAACAAUCAUUUGCAAAGCACAGCUUGUUUUGGAGUUAAAUGUGUUCUGUGUCUUAAUGUUAGUUGGUAGUUUAUUGUGAUGUUAAUGUGAAGAAAUAAAUAUUAUAUAUCAUCACAUCUGUUUGGAAAUACACAAUCUGCCCUUUGUAUAUUGUAACUAAGCAGUUAGUAAAUCUUAAGGCAUGUGGUAACCUACAUAGUCCCUAGAUAGACAAGAGGUUUGUUCUUUCAAAUGUGCUGAAACUCACAUGGACUUGGUGAUAGGAAGCCCGGGUGGAGUUGAGCUGUCUGAAAGCACUGUCUGUUUGUUCACUUGUUUCCUUAAUUCUUUCUGUGAACAUCAUGAUGCCUCCACUAGGGAAGUCCCUUAGCGGUCAUGUGUGUUUACUGCACCUCACACAUGUGGUGGAUGCGUGGAACACAAUAGCAAGCUUUCUAGUGCCUGACUCCUAUUAAUAUAACUCAAGAGAGUGACCUGAUGUGGAGGUCUUUGACAUUACAGGUACAAGUGAUCUAUUUCAGAACACAAAGACCAUACAUUCUAUUGGACAGGGUCUCCAGAUAGCCUUGAAGUCUGAGAACAAAAGCAGAAGCAAGAGGUCUAAGUGGAUCUACAUUGCCUUUUAUGGAUCUACCACCUAUGAAACCAAAAUGAGUUGUUGCACUUAAUUGCUGACAGAUCUUACCUUGUGUGAAACAAUAAACAAUGCUAGGCAAUGUGAUGUUAUUUAUUACUGGCAUGGUGGUGACUAAUGACAGCCUGUUGAGAAUGAUGUAAGAGAGAGAUCUUUCAGCCUACUUAGAAUCUAUGGGAAAGUUGCAAGACCUUUCACAUAUGAGUACAAAACCCCUUUAUUUUAUUAAAUUUAAAAAUUAUCUUCUUGUUAAGAUCAUGCACUAGUCCUUUAAAUUAUUAAAGGUUUACAUUUGGUAGUAAAAUAUUUUUAUAUGUCAAUUUUUUGAGCACUAUUGGAAAACAUCCGCAAAAUUGAAUUGCAUGGUCAUUCAGUACAACCAUAAAAUUUUUAUUCACUUUGUACUGGAAUGACAAAGAACACUAAGGUUUAUAUGUUAAAGUAACAAAAUGAUACAGGGUAUAUUAUAUACACAUAUGUAUGAAUGUAUAUAUAUACAUAUAUAUAUUUAGAUUAAGGAGAAAGUGAUUGACAUUCCUGUAAUAUAAAGGUACAGUGCUGGGAAAACAUGACCUUAUUUCUCUGUACAUAGUUAGGCUCAAGUAUGGAGUUUUAAUCUGUACAGAAAGAACUGUAUUAUGGUCUUUUACUGCUGAGAAAAUAGGAAAAUAGCUUAUACUUUCCACUGUAUGACCAGGGAAGAGUUAGAGCAUUUCUUUUGUCUUUGCUCAAAGCCAUACAUAUAUAAAUAUAUAUUAAGAUUAUUAAUAAAUCCAAAAGAAAAUAAACCAAAUUAUGAAUAUUUUAUUUUGUUGUCAAACUCUAAUCAAAUGUUUAACUCAUUGAGGAGUAGAGAUAUGCUUGUCUUUUUGUCUUUGUAUAAUCUCCAAAGGGAUUUUUUCCUGAAAAUCACCAUACAGUUAUUACAGAUAAUCUACAGGUAUAGAAUGAAUAUAAUUUAAAUAGAAUAUGGAUUUCCCAAUCAUCUCUUUGUUUUACUUUUUUCAUAUAGUAAAAUUUGAUUAUUUUAUUCUUUACCCCAUGCCUCUUUAGUAUGUGGUGUUUCUCCAGUUUCAAAACACAGCCAUGUCUUUAUUAAUGGAUAUGGGGAUGAUUUUUAUUUAUGUGCAUGACCUGUUUUCUCUGGGCUCUUCAAUGGCAUCAGAUGAGAUUUAUCACAAUGAGGAUAAAAUAGUGAAGCAGUCCUAAACACAAGGAGGAUAAAAAUGUGAUUUUCAAUUGGUUGUCCUCCUCAAACACACAGUCUGCUUCUAGGUCUCUAUGACCUCUCCAUAAGUGAAUGGUUACCAAGUGGAUGUCAUUCCACUUUUAAACAAUGGUUGUUCUACCAAUUACAGAAUUAACUGAAGAUGAUAUUUUAAAGGAUACUACAAGGAAAACAGUCGCUAUUCUAAUAAUUCCUACAGUUUAUGAACAAUUUAAACAAUAUGAUGAGUUUCAACUUUUAGAUACAUUAUACUAAACUCAGAAUUAGUUAUGAUUCAAAGUAUAAAUCACCUCAAAUCUUUUCAGGAUUAUUGUGUAAUAUACCUCCAUAUAUUUUUGUGAGUUAUGUUUUUUAUUUGGUAAUUUUACUAUAAUUACUCUUUGGGAUCUUACUUUCCUUAUCUUUAUAAUAGAUGACUAAGCUUUUUCUCACUUUUUAUCUUCUCCAUCUUUGUAGAGCUUAUAUCAUGCCAUGCAAGUGUGGGAUAUGUUGUUGUUGCUGCUCCUGCAGCUGCUGUUGUUGUUGUUAAUAUUCACAAACCCUAACAAAAAUUGACUAUAUGAUAGGUAUAUGUACCUAAAUAUUCAUAAGUCUGUGCUGUAAGAAAAAUUUAUGCCCAGACUAUAAUCAAGUAUUGGGAUAUACUGAAUCCUGAAGUCAAAAGUUUGUCGUGAAACAUGCGGUGAAUGUGUGGACCAAAUUAUGCCAGAUUUUUUUAAACUUUAUUCAAAAUAGUUCCUGAAAUAUUUUCAAGGUCAUGUUGGGUAUUUUCUUUCAAAGAUUUUUUUUUUAUCAGUUUAAGGGUGAUUUGUAGUUGCUGUGACCACUUGAAAAUAGUGACUUUUUAAAAUAGUUUUAUCUCAUUUUAAUAAAUAACAUAUUUUUAUUCUUUUCUCAUAUAUUAUAUUCUGAGACAAUUUCCCAACCUCCCCUUCCCCUAUCCUCUUCCUUUCCUCACCACUAUUCUCUUCCAGAACUCCACCCCUCUCCUUCAGAAAAGAUCAACAUUUUUAUUGUGUGUUGAUAUCUUCAUGAUCAGGUCAUUUUGACCUUGGUCACAUUUUUAGCUUUCAGGUAUAAAAUGCAUAAGCUACUCCAUACAGUAAAAAAUAUUCAGGUUGAAUAACAAACCUAUCACCACAAGAGAUCCCCUCAUUCUAGCACAAAGGCUAUGCCAAUGAUUUUUGUUCUGCUUCUUUACAGUUUAUGCAGCUCUCUCAAUGAAAUGUCAUUACUACCAUUUCUUCAUAUUGACAUAGUGUCUGUGACACAAGGUGAUGAGGAAUGAAGAUAAUUUUCCAAACAAAUCUGGAAUGAGAUGAAUGGUAUAUUUGUUCCAUGUACAAAUUUUAAUGUCCCAGAUAACUCAAAACAAGACAAAUGAUGUUUUAUAAAAAUCAAAAUUAGUGUGGUAGCCAUAAACCAAGUAUUCUGUUUUAAAUUAAGACAGGACUCAACCCCACAAUCACAUGAGCAUGCCUCUCUUAUCUCAACAUGAUCCUACCCCACUUUCCUUAGCCAAGAGCUGGUGCAUAGUGACAAAUGAAGACUUGAAAGACUUGAAAGAAGCCUUGACAAGAUUUGUCCCUGGCCCAUCAUGAGACUUGUUAAAGAUGAUAUUAUAGGAAAAUGUGUGAAAGUCUAUAUUAAUUUACAUCUGAGAUACUUGAUGUAGAAAAAGUAAAAUUCAAAUAUGGCAUCUAUAUGUAGUGAAGAAUGAAACUUGCUACUAAAAUACAAAUGCUUAUCAGAAUACUGGUGAUUGGUAAUAUUCACAUCUUAUUGAAGCUAGAAUGUAUUAUAGGUCAAAGAAAAUGCAUUUGAAAGGGUAAUGUUGCAUUUAAACCCCCCUAAAAAGCCAUUUUUGUUAUCAAGCCAAAGUUUUUAUAAUUUUAUACUUUAAUCUUAAUUUUGUAGCGCAAUCAAAGGUUACAUGAUGAAAUCUGUGUUUUGCUAAUGUGAAAGAAAUAAAAUUCAUUUGUGACAGAG